AUGCCUAUUGACCUUGGGCUCACCCGUGUGGCAAGACUAUUGUCACAUUUCAACAACCCCCAUUUAAAGUACAAAUCGAUACAUGUUGCCGGUACCAAUGGAAAAGGAUCUACUUUAGCCUAUAUCUCAUCCAUAUUAACACAACAUCGACUACGGAAUGGGAAGUUUACAUCCCCACACAUGGUUGAGCUAAAUGAUUGCAUAACAAUUGACAAUGAGACAUACCUGCAAUCUAAAUUUGACGUGAUUAACAGGAACGUUUUACAUGUGGAUAAGGAAUUGCAACUAAAAUGUACAGAGUUUGAAAUAUUAACUGUAACGGCGUUUAAAAUAUUCGAAUUAGAGAAAGUUGAGAUGGCGUUAAUUGAAGUAGGCGUGGGAGGAAGAUUAGAUGCUACAAAUGUAUUAGACGCUUUCAAUGGCGAGGGAGGUGUGGUUGCCACCGGAAUCACAAAGAUUGGAAUCGAUCAUGAGGGCCUAUUAGGAAACACAAUUGAACAAAUCGCUCAAGAGAAAGCAGGUAUAUUGAAGUUGGGUAUUCCUUGUUUCACCGAUGGACUGAAUAAAGAAGAAGCUCUACAAGUGAUUAAAGAUAAGGCGAAAUCACUUCACUGCCCACUUGAGGUUGUGGUGCCAAAUGAAGAUGACAGAGAUCUAUUGAGAUCCAGUCCAUUGAAAGGAGAAUAUCAGCUAAGUAAUCUUGCAGUUGCUUUAAGAAUUAUUGAAUUACUUCGUACAUUCUACACAUUUUCAAGAGAUCAAACCAUCGCUGGUAUUAGAAAUACCCACUGGCCCGGGAGGUUAGAGAGUUUAGACAUUCCCGAAUUGGGAGACAUUUUAAUUGAUGGGGCACACAAUAAAGAUGCAGCCGUGGAGCUAGGAAGAUACUUGAAAUCUACCUACCCGGCAGAGAAUAUCACUUUUGUCGUCGGUAUGACUAAAGGGAAGAAUUUGAGUAGCUUAUUGACACACAUUGUUCGAAAGGAUGAUACUGUGAUACCGACAUUAUUUCACCAACCAGAUCAAAUGCCGUGGAUAUAUUGCGAGCUGAUUAAGAAGAUUAGCGAAGUGGCAAAACUGUUUUGUCGGGUUAAAAUUGUAUCACAGGAGGCGUAUAUCAGCGAUGUGUUUCGUUAUUUGAAGGAGAAUAGGGACGCAAGUUCUCCAGUUGUUGUCUGUGGAAGCUUAUACUUGUAUGCUGAUGCAGUAAAAUGGAUUAAUCAAUAG